GAGGCGCUGGAACAGGCCCAUACCGUGGCGACGCGCAUCGCGCAUGUGUUUUUCGUUGAAGAAGGGAAGAUGCAAGGGGAGAUGGAAGUCUUCGAUGCCAUUGCCAUGUGACUUUUUUAUUUUCAUUUCUAAUUUCGAGCCAAUGUUUCAGUUUGUGUUGAAAUAGUAUAUAUCAAUAUUGCGUUGCAUUUCAACUUGCUUCGUUGUCGUUCCCUGCAAUUCCAGGCCGGAACACUUCAACUUGAAGAUGGCGUUCCGGCGUCCCCGGCUCCGGCUGCAGCCGAAUGUGGUAGCGCGGCCGAGCGCUGUCAAACCGGAGCCCGGAAAGGCCGGCCCCGCCCCCGCCCCUGCUCCCGCCCCCGCCCCUGCUCCAGGUCCUACCUCCGCCCCUGAUUCAGUACCUACACCCGGCCCUGAUCCUGCGUCCGUUCCUGAUCCUUCCUCCCCCGCACCUGUGCCUUCAGUCGCCCCAUCCGCCGCUCCUGAUCCUACCCCUGCCGCUUCCCCCGCGCCGGCGGAUGCCGCUUCUCCCGCCCCGGCGGAUGCCGCUGCCGCCCAAGAUGCUGUUCCACCUUCCGCCGCCACCGCUGCGCGCCCCAGCAAACCGCGUCCCCAUCUGCCGGCCCGCUUCAAACGGCUCGCUCCUCGGCUCGACGUGAGCCGCUCUGUCACUGCGCCGGUCGCUGCCGAGCCAGCCCGGACAGAGGGCAGCACCAGCGCACCGCCAGACGGCGCUAACGCGGCGGCGGCCGGCGCCACCGCCCCUGCUGCUGACGAGACAACACCUAAAGCGUGCGCUCCGCCUGCCUCCAGCCCUGUCAGCGCUACGCCAAAACCGUCGGCAGCUCCGACGGGAGAAGCCGCCGUGGUUCCAGCGCCGGUCAAACGGCCGCGACUCGACUCUGCGCGGCUGCCGGAGCCGGAGCCGGAGCCGGACGAUCCGGAUGAUCCGGACGAGCCGGAGCCGCGGCGGAAGGGGAGGCGGUCCGGGCGGCGGCCCCUGAAGACCGAGGAGAGCGCAGAUCAGGAAAUGUCGGAGCCGACACCGCCGGUCUCCGCCGGCGGAGACGGAGACAGAGAAGGAGAUGGAGACGGAGAGUCAGAGACGGCCGGCAGCCCGCCGCCGCCGCUGCUCUCCGAAACCGACCUCUUCCUAAGGAAACGCUUCAACACGCCUAAAACCAAGAACAACACUCGCGAGCUGCUAGACCAGAUAUCGGAGCGUGUCAGUGACAACAUGCCGAUCCGCUCCAAGAUGCGCAUGCAGGACCUGAUCGUGUGGAACCCCUCCACGGAGGCUAUGUCCAACAGCAAGAAACCGGCCGGCCGGCGGCGGAAGCGGCGGGACAGCACGAGCAGCUCGGUCUCCUGCCGCACCGAUGUCGCUGAGGAGACGGUGGACGAGCCCGCCGCCCCGCCGGAGCCGCCGGAGAUCCCGGCGCCGGAGCCGGAGCCCCAGCCGGAGCCGGAGCCGGAGCCGGAGGAGGAGGAGGAUGCCAUGCCCGUGCCGCAGCUCAAAGUCGGCCCAGACGGCAAUAUUGUCAUCGACGAAAAGUCGCUGGUGGUUCAGACUACCCAGCAGAAGCAGCGGGACCAGGAGAUGUCCACGGAACUGGUGAAUGACAUCACCGGCUCUCGGCUCUCCUUUAACGGCUACCGGCAGCGGAGAAAGAUCGACGAAUGGAGCAUCAAAGAGACGGCCCGCUUCUACAAGGCGCUGAGUACGGUGGGCACCGACUUCUCUAUCAUGCAGCAGCUGUUCCCGCAGCGGACGCGUGUCGAUCUCAAGAAGAAGUUCAAGAAGGAGGAGCGCAAGAACCCGCACCUGGUGGAGCGCGCCAUGACGGACAACAUGCAGUACGACCUCACCAUCUUCGACGGUGACGUCUGGGAGAAGACGGUGGAAAAAUGUAAGACAGAGGCGCAGGAGAAGAAGGAGGCGGAGAGACAGCAGCGCCGCCAGCAGCGCGAGCAGGACACCAAGGCUCUGAAAAAUGAAAAGGCUGCCCUUCGCCGGCCGCCCGCCAAGCCCGGCAAAGCUAAAGCGGCCAACUCGGCCAACAGCAUCCUGAACAGCAUCAAGAAGCCGCUGCCGGAGGAGAAGGAGGCGCCUCGUCAGAAGGCCCGCGGCCGGGAGAACAUGCGUCCGCGGCGGCCGCGGCCGGUCGCGGGCGCGCCGCUGCCGCCUCCCGAGGCCGGCCUGACGCUCGACUGGACGACCGAGGGUGACGGCACGACGGCCCUGGUACCGGUGGCGGCGCCGGGCGCGCAGGUGCCACAGGGCGCCGUGCCGUGGCACCCGCCGGCCGGCCAGUCGGGCGUACUGCAGCUGCCGCCCGGCGUCAACCCGCAGAACCUGCUCAUCAUCGCGUCACCGUCUCCGGACCGUCCCGACGGCCAGGUGCUGCACGUGUACAUGGUCCAGCCGCCGGCCGGCCAGCCGCCGGAGGUCAACCUCACCGUGGCGCACGGCCCGCCGCCGGCCGCCGGUGACGAACCGAGCGCCCAGGAUGUGAAGGCGGGGACGGCGCCGGAUGAGGACGAGAUCACUGUGGUCUCUCCGAAGCCGGCGACGGAACAGAAAGAGAGGCAGCUGGUGAUAGAGGAGACGACGGACGGUGCGGCUCCAGAGAAGCCUACUGCGCCAGAGGAGGUUCGGACAGACAAUGAGAAGACGCCGAGCGAGGGGACCAGAGAGGGAGAUGCAGCUGACUAUGUGGAAGGGGGUGAGACGGCCACGCGGGACGGAGAGGGUGGCAAGGUAUUGCAUAAGAUCAGCGAACGAGGAGACACGAUAAGCACAGAGCAGUCAUUAGAAGGUCAACAACGAAACGACAGCGAAUCUCCUGUUGUUCAAGAGGACAGUGAUGAAGCUACUGAGGUGGGGAAACAGGCGGGUGGGCCGCCUGUAUUAGCACGUGAGGACGAGCUGGGCACUGAAUCAGUCACCCAUGGCUCCUCGAGCGAGGUUAAGUCGAUACCCCCAGCACUGGAGACAGUUGAAACAGUCAAGGAGGACUCGGAAGCGAUCGGCACCGAGACGAAAACAUCUACCGAAAGUGAACCGGCCGAGAGCUAACUGGCGGCCCCGACUGCCUAGUUAGAACCCGGACUGUUAAACACACGUCCAUGAGAUUUGAAUUCAACUCAGGCUGACCAAUGGAGCGUCAUUAUAUUCCCCCAUGGGGGCGACACAGCUUAUCCCUGCAGGCUGACUAUUUAUAUACUUAUUACAUAGCGCCACCAGCUGAAUGCAAUUUGCCAUUUGUAAGCUUUAUCUACGGUAUUUGCGUCCCGUUUGAGUGUCCCUUAAGCAGAUGGCAAUGCACCUUGCCAACUUUGCCGAACAGUUGAAUCGUUCUUUGGAUGAGAGUCCAGCUAUCUGACGCUGGUGGUCUGAUAUGUUCACAUAGACCGGGGUGAUCUGGAGAUGAGAUUAUCACAGGAAAACACAUUUUAAUCUGUCAACAAUUGCCACCAUGCGAGUCACAAAGGUAUUCUCCGAAGUAUUGUUAUUGCGUUUGCCAAAAACGUUUGAUAUUUCUAGUCAGUUUUCAUGGCGUUCUGUGCCGUUUGCCUUAUCCAGUCUCGCAUGGUGCCAAUGAUUGGCAGUUUACUCGUGGUUUCAGCCGUAAAAAUGGUUGUUUCGGUAUCAGCUAAGGUCCUUUGUUCUUUCCUCCGUCACGAAAAGUCAGGUUUGCACGAUGUUUCCGUCCGCCUGGACGACAUAUCGAUGGUUUCGGGUAUUUUGGCUAGUUUGGCAGUCGCUUUUGUUAACGUUUUUCGGCGAUGGUGCGGUGAAUGGUUUUUGGCUGUGGACCUACGGCCGGAUACCGGUUGUUAGAAGGUACUGUUUUCGUCGGGUUGGGUGUUAGUUUCUACAGAGGGGGAUUUCGAUCGUUUUGUUGGUUGUAAGUUUAGGGACCCAUUCUGGUAAGAGUAGCGAGCAAAGUUACUACGUAACUUUGUGGCCAAGGGUGUAGAACGGAGCGUCAAACAUGCAUUGUAUUUUGCACCUCUGUUUUGGGCAAUAAAAUAUGCAGCAGCA